AUGUUGAAGAAGACAAAUUUAAAUUCAGUCAAAGAAUUAUUAAUUACUACUGACGAUAAUUUAGGAUCAGUAUUUAGUCAGUUUAAUUAUGAAGAAUCAUUCAAAUUAAAAGAUUUAAAACUUGGACUUGGUUUAAUUCAAGUUUUAAUCGCAGGGUUGUUAUUUUUAGCUGAUCGUAAAUUUCAAUUUCAUGAUAUUUUUACAAUUACAGUUAUUAGUUGUUUAUUAUAUGGUGGUAUUAAUGCUGUAUUAUAUAUUAUAAAUUAUAAAUUUAAAAAUGUAAAAUAUGUGGGACUUAAUAAAUCUGAUAAAUUGGUAAUUAAAACUUGGUCAACAAAAUAUGAUCCAAUUUAUAACAUCACAAUUAUUAAAAAUGAUAAAGAAACUACAACUACUCAAAUACCAUAUAACAAGAUCUUUGAUGUUCUUGGAUUAUUUAAUAGAGAUGAAUUUUCAAAAUUGAUUAAAUUAGAAUUAGGUAAAUUAGGUAAGAAGAAUGAAUAA